GUGGUUGCCGGGUGUCUCUCCAUGCGCCGGCUCCUGGCAACUGGCGAGAGGGAGCGAGCGAGUUCGGAGCCUCCGGCCCGGGCGCAGCUGGGAGCACCCCCCGGCCGCCAGGAUGCUGAGGGGGGCAGAGGAAGGGCAGGUCACCGCGGUCACCAGAGCCCUGUCAGCGGCUUCUGUGCUUUGUCAAGUUGAACCUGUGGGAAGAUGGUUUGAAGCAUUUAUUAAGAGGAGAAACAUAAAUGUUUCUGCCUCUUUCCAAGAACUGGAGGAUGAGAAAGAGCUCUCGGAAGAGUCAGGGGAUGAAGAAUUGCAGCUUGAGGAAUUUCCUAUGUUAAAAACACUUGAUCCAAAGGACUGGAAGAAUCAAGAUCACUAUGCAGUUCUUGGACUGGGACACAUAAGAUACAGGGCCGCUCAGAAACAAAUCAAAGCAGCCCAUAAAGCCAUGGUUUUGAAACAUCAUCCAGACAAGCGAAAAGCUGCAGGGGAGCAGAUAGGUGAAGGUGACAAUGACUAUUUUACCUGUAUAACUAAAGCUUAUGAAAUUUUGUCUGAUCCUGUGAAGAGACGAGCAUUUAACAGCAUAGAUCCUACUUUUGAUAACUCUGUACCUUCUAAAAGUGAAGCAAAGGAAAAUUUCUUUGAAGUUUUUUCACCAGUUUUUGAAAGGAAUGCCAGGUGA